UCAGGAAGUUGCAUUAGGAAGAGAGGGAGCAAGCGAGCGGAGAUGUGGAAUGCUGCAGCGGCUUAGCAUUACAAGAGACAGAGAGAGAGAGAGAGAGAAGAGAAGAAGAAGAAGAGGAAGAGGAAGUGGUGGAAGAUGAAAUGGCUUGGUCUUCUGUACCUGUUCUUAUCGGUUUCUCUGCAAUUCGGUGGUGUUUCUACAAAAAAUCAGGGUCAUGAGGAUUCUGCAGCCACAAGAACUAUAAAGAAAGAGCUGGGAGAUCCACCGGAGGUACAUUGUUCGAGAGAAAGGAGUAAGGCGGCAUGGAAAAUAAUUCGGGAGUACUUGAUGCCCUUUGUAGAGAAAGAGCGGUAUCAGAUUUCAAGAACAUGUAAGCUGCACCCUGACAAUGAUCUGUACAGAGAUCAGGAAGAGCACAAAAUCCAAGUAGAUUUAAACGAAUGGCAAUGUGGAUAUUGUAAAAAGAGAUUUUAUGACGACAAAUUUCUCGAUAAGCAUUUUGACAACAGGCAUUACAAUUUGCUGAAUGUGAGUCAUACCAGGUGCUUGGCAGAUGUUUGUGGUGCGUUGCAUUGUGAUCUCGAGAUGGAUUCUGUACCACCCAAGAAAACUAAGUGCAAUCCUGCUGCUGCUGCACGGAAUCGACAUCUGUGUGAGGGUCUAGCUGAUAGUUGUUUUCCAGUCAAACAGGGUCCAGCAGCAAGCCGUCUUCACGAGUUCUUCUUGCGCCAAUUCUGUGAUUCCCACACUUGUACUGGACGUCAAAAGCCCUUCUCUCGAGGCCGCAGGAAGAAGAGGGCGAGUAUAUCCUACCUUGUUAUUUCCAUUCUGACUCUGGCGUUGCUCUUCCUUUUCUACUCAUACAUUUACAUGUACAGCAGGGGAGUGAAAAGAGGAACUCAAGAACUGAAGCGUGUCACGCCAAUCGGAAGGAAGAAAAAACCGUCCUAGUUACCGCUUUUCAUUGAAAAGCAACAGAGAAAGAGAGAGAUACUAUGCAGUCUAUCGUAGUCACAAAAUGUAAAAGCUGUGCUCUUCCAUUUGCUUUGUAAUUUGAAUUUUGAUCAUUUCAGUGUAGACGUAGAACAACAUUUUUUGGCAAUGCGAAGGCAAAAUUUGAUGUAUCGAAAGUUACAAGGAUUCUGUUCAUUGUACAUCAAUGCCUAUGAUUCGUUCGCCCCAUUUUACUUGAA